AUGGCAAAAAUGAGUUGCUUCUCUCUGAUUCUUAGGAAGAAGAAGAAGAAAGUUAAGGGAGAUGAUGAAUCUGCGAAAGCAGGUGAAGUGGACAAGGCUAUUAGGACUCUGCAACUCAGGCUUCAACAGCAGCCUGUGAAAACUGUGGAGGCUAAUGGGUUGAAGCCUUCGAAAAGUUUUGGAGCCCUUAUCCCUUAUGGUGUUGACAAGAAACCUAUCAAGAGUGACAAGGAGAAGAGCCCUGAUAGCGUCAUUGGGUUAUGUGGAGCAGCAUUUGAAUCUGAAGAUGAGCAUGAAGAGAGCCCCAUCAACUCUAAUGGCUCUGAUCUUCAGGCCAGUGAAGGCAAUGUGGGUGAAGAGGUCUCAUCAAGGAAGAUGAGUCGCUGUGAAUCUGAUAAGGACUGUGGGAGAGGUGUGGUUAGAGUAGGAAGUGGGCAUCUUAGUGAUCCUGGGGUUGGGAAAGCAGAGUUUUGGGGUUCAAGAACGCUAACUCGGUCUUGCUCGAAUUUGGAGACUCAUAAGGUGGAUGGAAAGAUGCAGUCUAAGUUGCGUGUUUCGAAGAAUCAGUCUUUUGAUGAGAGUGUAAUGAAGGAUAUUACUCCUGGAAGCCCUGCUUCUGUUAGAAGCCAUUGCAGUGCUGAUAAGGUGAUGCUAAAGAAGCACUCUUCAAGCCAAGUGCUGCCUUCUAGAAGCAGAAGAUUGUGGUGGAAGUUGUUCCUUUGGAGCCACAGGAACCUGCACAAAUCAUCAUCCACUGCAACACCAAAGAAACUUUCCAUCAAAACUAAGUUGAAUAAGCAAGGCGGGUACUCUUCGGAUACACUUGAACCAAACAGGGCUAUGCAAUUCGAAAAGUUGGAAUCACCCCUAUCAUUUAAUUCGAUGGACAAAGGGAAGAACAUCAUGAAUGAUGACCAGAGCUGGAGCGGUUUUCAAAUUGGAUCCUCAUCCUUUUGGCCACAGAACCAAUGGGUUGCUUUCUCAACAGAAACAUCCUCAUCUUCAAGAGUGAUGGACUGGAUGAAGGAUCUCGACACAACACCCUCCUCACUUCCAUCAAACGAAGAUGAAAAUGAGGGAGUUGUCACUCCACAAACUCCGCCCUCUCCUCUAACUCCUGGAUCAAGAAGCUCGACUUACUUCACUCGAGGUCCAGAUGCCAACCUUUCAGACGAUACACUGCAUGCUAAUACCAUAAUCCAGACUCUAAACUCUUCCUCAACAGUGGCUCACAUCUCUAGUAUGAACUUAAAAGCCAUCCCCAACAUUUCAUGCUUCUGCAGCCUUCGAUCAGUUAACUUGUCAAACAACUUCAUAGUUCACAUCACUCCAGGAUCGCUGCCAAAGAGCCUUCACACACUUGACUUGUCCAAAAACAAGAUCAGCUCCAUUGAAGGACUGAGAGAUUUAACCCGAUUGCGAGUACUAAACCUCAGUUACAAUCGGAUUUCUAGAAUUGGACGCGGGUUAUCAGGCUGUAGCAUACUCAAGGAGCUCUAUCUUGCUGGCAACAAAAUCAGUGAUGUCGAAGGUCUACACAGGCUAUUGAAGCUGACAGUUCUGGACCUGAGCUUCAACAAGAUAACAACAACAAAGGCACUUGGUCAGCUUGUUGCUAACUACAACUCGCUACAGGGUCUGAAUCUAUUAGGCAAUCCUAUCCAGAACAACAUUGGCGAUGAGCAGCUGCGCAAAACUGUUGUAAGUCUGCUCCCAAAACUAGUCUUCCUGAACAAGCAAUCCAUCAAACCACCACGAUCAAGGGAGGCAGUCACAGAUAGUGUAGCCAAAGCUGCAUUAGGAAAAUCUGGAUGGAACCCUCGACGAAAAACAGGCAAGAAGCUUACCCAAAGUUUUUCACUCACCAAAAAAAGGUCUGAUUCCGUAUCACCCAAGAAAUCUCGAUCAUUUUCAAACCGUGGCCACAAGAGCACUGGCAUUGCUAGUGUUGGACACAAGAGAAUGCUCGAGUCCAAGAGCAUAGCCAAAGUGUCAUCAGCUGCGCUUCCUUCUUCAUCCCAUUAAUUAGAGGCUUUUUCGUUGCAAAAACUUUGGUGUGCACACAAACAUUCUAGGAGGGGUCUCUUUUCCUGUGUAGAGUGUCACUUCAAGUCUGUAGAGUUAUACAAGACCCUAGUGGUUUCAUGUAAUUAGUUUUCCCCAUCAGUUAAGAAUAUAUUGUGCAGGUUGUAGUUAUCCGAAUAUCAUGUGUUCAACCGUAGUUGGCAAUAUACAACUGUUGUAGACAAGAAAUUCACUCCUAGGCCACUUUGGACCUCAUGUAUAUCUUGUAAAAGUCUCCAUUCUAGUAUUGAACAAAAUAUUGUCAAAUGAUUGAGAGCCAGAUCUGGCUACAGUACUGUAA